AUAAAGGGUGGUGUUGUGAGGUGUGGCAAGUGAGUGUCUUGUGCUGAUUCGAGCUUCUCCUAUUAGCGACAACAUGAAAACGUGCAUCAUCGUGGCGCUGGUGGCCCUCUCCGGGGUGGCCGUGGCUAAACCCUUUACUGGUUAUGGCGGCGGUGGUGGCUUCAUUGGUGGACAAGGAGGAUUGGGAGGAGGCUACGGCACUACCCGAGUCAUCAGCACCGGAUUUGGAAACACCGGAUUUGGAAACACUGGCUUUGGAGGCUCAAGGGCAGUUGUUGUUCGCGGCGGCAACGCCUUCGGCGGCGGCUUCGGCGGUGGCGGCUAUGGUGGCGGUGGCGUUCACGUUAUCAACGGCGGAAGCGGCUAUGGUGGCGGUUUUGUCAGCGGCGGUGCCGGUUUUGGUGGCGGCAAUGCCGGUUUUGGUGGCCGCGGCGGUUUUGGUGGCCGCGGCGGCGUCCGCGUUAUCAGUGGUGGCAACAGAUACGGCUGCGGCUUUGCUGGAUGUUACUAAGAGUAACACACACCUAUACAACUCAGCCACGCUCUCCCUCUCCCUCUCUUGCUCACUCUUUUUGUCAGUCUACUACCUCUCUCCUUCUGUCUCCAUACUUCCCACUCACGGGAGCAAGGGAAAGACACACACAAACUAUGACUGCCAACACAAAAUUAUUGAAAAACCUAUUUAUUAUGAUUUUACCGAUAUGUAACUACCAAUAAAGAAAUUCGAUCAUUA